AUGAAGAGACCAGGACGGACACCUUCCAAAAGGCAGAUGAUCACAUAUGCAACCAAGUUCUCGAUUCUACCUGAUCUUCUCUGCAAUGCUAGGCAGAGGUACCCAAUUACCGACCCAUCGAAACAUGCAGUAGGGGCGCUUGGAACUAUAGCUUCUUCAAGAACGAAUCAGCCCGACCUCCUCAGCAAGCCAGGCAUGUUGAUCACAGAGGUGGCCAUGCAUUUUCCUAGUAGUACUGCUUCAGGUGAAGACAAGUUGAUAGGGCUGGGUGCGCGGAGAGAAGUGAAGCUACCCCAUGUGCUCCGUGCUGGAGCAAACGGAUCUAAUUCUAAGCAAAUGAAGAAGAAGAAGAAGAAGAAGAAAACGAAGUCAAAGCAGAUGGAGAAAAGAGAGGAGGCACCUAUCCGCUACCCGAUUCGCUACCCCAGUCCCACCCCAGAUUCAAAGAACGGAGCGCACCAGCCUUACUUACGGCCCAACAUGGUUAAAAUGACAUGCACUAUCACCACUACGCUCGACAAGGACGUUUUUGCGCUGCUGUACCAACUUGUCAAGGAUGAAUGGGUGUUUAGAAACGAUUACAGAUCAGAAGUCAUUUCUCAGUCACUAGCCUGUGGUUGGUUCCAUGACCCUGGAAGCGAAAAGCAUGAGAAGUUGAUUGUGUGCCUUACGGGGUUGACUGAAUUAAGAAUUGGUGUCACCGAAGAUUCUCAGUGGGAAACACGACCCUAUACGGAUGAAGUCCAGAAAGCAAUCUGUGAGAUAGGUACAGGCGGACCCUAUGUCUCAUAUAUCACUCCUUGCACCACUGCAAACCAUAAUAGUGAUGUUGCCCUUGAAUACAUUGACUGGCAAUGGGCAUUCUGUGUCCGAAAAAAGUCUAAUGACUCCGACUGGGAGAUUAAGCUCAUCGACGAAGUGGAGUCGGGCAAGACGGCUUCGUGCAUAAACACGGAAGGCAUCGAUGUCUACUUUAUCGAAGCCGAAACCGGAAUCGGUUGGUCUUAUCAUAAGGCAUAUGAUGGAGAGGAAUAUACAAAGACCUUGAAUGUCACCCAGUGGGCUCAAGUUAACUGGAUCCUUGUAGAAAAGCCAUUGGGACAGCCGGGCGACUUUGCGAAAGUCACUGAACUGUGUGCUGUCAGUCGUUGGUUUGGCGAGCCUCGCCUGUUCGGACUCUCCGAUGGAUAUUUGAAAGAAUUUCAAUACAACGAAUCUCGAACGCACAUCGUCGGCACUCCUAUCACAACAGCCCGCAGUGGACUUUCCUCGCUGUCUGCGACAAUUGAACAAGAUCGCCAUAACAGUCCUGAAACAAUCAGAUUAACUUAUUUUCCGGACGAUCAAGACAUCAUGGGAACAUAUGUUUGGACCCAAGCAGAGGGAUGGAAACCUGGGCCCCAGAUUGUCUAA